AUGGGCGACAGCGUCUGCGGCGCCUCGUUCGGCGGCAGCUGCGGCGCCCAACCGAGAGUCGAGGCCUCAGCCACUGGAGGCGGCAGUGUCGACGCCUCAGCCGCUGGUGGCGGCGAUGUCACCACCGGCGGCAGCACCCAGCCGCAUCUGACCUUUGACAUCUGGGACGUGGAGGGCCUGCCGACUGAAGUGCUGGAUCUGCGGGCAUGCGGAGAUGCUGACGUGCAGUUGCUGGUCAUCGCUGGCAACCCUGGGGCAGCGCCCUUCUACCAGCCCUUUAUGCGCUCGCUGCAUGCCAAGCUGGGGGGCCGAACACACGUGACCGCGAUCUCCAACCUGGGCAUGGAUGGCCAGGGCCUGACCCCACCCGGGCGGGUCUUUUCCCUGGAGGAGCAAAUCCAGCACAAGGUGGCGCUGCUGAGGCAGCACUUUGUGGGCGCCGGGCGGCCGCCGCUGGUCAUCCUGGGGCACAGCAUCGGCGCUUUCAUGUCCAUCCACGCCGUCCACCGCCUCGAGGCGCACCACCUGGGCAGCAGCCACGCCACGGCACAUGCACUGGACAGUGUGGCGGCGCGGGAGUGGGAGGGGGGCGCUGAUGAUGAGGCACCAGCUGGCAAUGGUGGCGACAUGCAGGCGCAGCUGGUGGCUGAGCUGCAGCGGCAGGGAGGACAGCAGGGGCAGCAGGACCAGCAGCAGGGGCGGCCACUACCACACCGCGGAGAAGAGCAGGAGCGAGGCGAGGGCAAGGAGCGAAACCAGCGGCCGCCCUCCAACGUUGUGAAGCAAUGGAAGUGGGAUGCGAUGCACCAGGAGGUGCCGGGCGUGGAGAGCUUUUUUGUGGAGGCGCAGACCCACGGCUUCUGCGUCUCGGCGGAGCAGUCAGAUGACUUGGCAGCCCGCAUCGAGGCCGUCGUCAUCGCGGCGGUGCAGGCCGCUAGUAAGCUGUGA